AUGGCGGACGAUAUCUCACGAAACAACGACCGGAUCGAGACUGAGGUCGAGAAAGAGGGGGUUGAGAACUUAGAACAUGUUACUGAGAUUCAGAAUGUCGUCCCACACAUUGAUCCGGCUCGGAGGAUUGUCGUCGAGAAGAGCUUGAAGCGCAAACUUGAUGCCCGGUGCAGCUUGUUCGUGCUCAUCUACAUCAUGAACUAUCUCGACCGCAACAAUAUCUCUGCGGCCCGGUUGAAGGGUCUGCAGUCCGAUUUGAACCUCUCCGACACACAGUACUCGACCUGUCUGAGUAUUCUGUAUGUCGGAUACAUUUUGAUGCAGGUGCCUUCCAACAUGUUCAUUAACCGCAUCUCGCGCCCAUCAAUCUACAUCGCCUGCUCCAUGACACUGUGGGGUCUGAUCUCUACAUGCUCCGGACUGGCAAAGAACUUCAGCCACAUGGUGGCCAUUCGGUUCCUGCUGGGUUUCGUCGAGGCUGCCUUCCUCCCUGGUGCUCUCCUCAUCCUCUCGAAGUGGUACACCCGCAAGGAAUUGACAACCCGGAACGCUAUCCUGUUCUGCGGUAACCUGAUUUCCAAUGCCUUUUCCUCGCUCGUCGCUGCUGGUGUUCUAUCCAAUAUGCAGGGUGUUUUGGGUCACGCCGCAUGGCGCUGGCUCUUCUGGAUUGAGGGUGCGAUCACUAUGACGAUUGCCAUCUCUUCCGCCUUCAUCUUGCCCGAUCUGCCCACCAACGCUCGCGGAUUCACUGAAGAGGAGCGUCUUGUUGCUCAGCUUCGUCUCAUGGAGGAUGUGGGUGAGGCUGAUACCGAUUCCGACGAGCAGAGCCCCUUCUCUGGACUCGUUAUGGCCCUCAAGGAUUUCAAGAUCUACGUUAUGAUGUUGUCUUUCACUGCCUAUGUCGUCGGACUGUCUUUCAACGCCUUCUUCCCAACCCUCACCGGUACUCUUGGCUUCUCCUACGUCCCUACCCUGCUCAUGAGUGCUCCCCCAUGGGUCUUCUCCUGUAUCUUCUCCGUCCUGAACGCCUGGCACGCAGACAGAACCCAAGAAAAGAUCUGGCACAUCUACGGCCCUCUCGUCAUGGGAAUCGUCGGCUUCGUCAUCAGCAUGUCAACUUUGAACGUAGCAGCCCGCUACGUCGCCCUCUUCCUCCAAGCAGGCUCCUACGCCGGCUUCAUCUUCUUCCUUCCCCCGACCCCCGCCAAGCGAGCCGUUGCUCUGGCCCUGAUCAACGCAUUCAGUCAGCUGGGUAACGUCGCCGGCUCCUACGUGUGGGACCUUUCCGACAACGGGUACCGGAAGAGUUACGGAAUAGUCACUGCCAUGUUCGGUAUUACGAUUGUCGGCUUCUGGGGAUUCAGGAUGAUUCUUGUUAACCUGAACAAGAAGCUUGAGGAGAGCGAAGCUGCUGAUGCGCAGGCUGGAGCCUCGGACUUUAUUGAGAGUGCGGAUGAGUCUUUGCGGAUGCGCAAGGGUUUCAGGUAUCUUGUUUAA